AUGGCAAACAUCAGAGAUAGAAAUAUAGCUCCUCAAAAUGGAGCAGUAGACGAAACCACCCCUCUCAUCACUUCCGGAAAUGCCUUAGAAUCAGAUCUUGUCGAAAAUGGGGAUAUCGAAGUACAGAAUCCGGAUUCCAAGGAGUCCGAAAAGUUGCCUAUGGCUCAGAUUAUGUUACUCUGCUUUGCUCGCAUUGCCGAACCCAUCGCUUUCUUCUCUAUCUUCCCGUUUAUGAGUCAGAUGAUUGAAGAUGCAGCCGGAGUUGCCGAGUCUGAAGUUGGAUUCUAUAGUGGUCUUAUCGAGUCUAUAUUCUCCUUUACUCAGAUGCUCCUCAUGAUUCCUUGGGGGCGAGCUGCGGAUAAGUUUGGAAGAAAGCCAGUGCUGGUUGUCUCCAUGGCUGGUAUGUCUGCUUCAUGUGCGUUGUUCGGAAUGAGCCGCACUAUUUGGCAAAUGAUUAUAUAUCGAUCUAUUGCAGGAAUCUUCUCCGGAACUAUCGUUGCUGUACGUGCAUCAAUUUCAGAGAACAGUACCCCAAAAACACAAGCCCGAGCAUUCGGCUACUUUGCUUUUUCAAAUAACCUAGGCAUUCUCCUAGGUCCAUUGAUCGGUGGUCCCCUUUCUCGACCUGCGGAUCAGUAUCCUUCUGUUUUCGGCGGAGUCCAGUUUCUAAAGGAUUAUCCUUAUGCUCUCCCAACUCUUACAACCGGUGCCAUUGGCGCAACUUCAUGCAUAGUAUCUAUCCUGUUUGUCAAAGAGACACUAAAAAAGCCAACUCAAGGAGACGUGAAUGGGUCGUCACCUAAGGCCAUGACAACAACCGAGAUCAUGAAGGCUUCUGGUGUGUCACGCGUUCUGUUCGUAUAUACAUUUACUAUGCUUCUCGCCUUGUCAUACACAGCUAGGGGCUACGGCUUCAGUGAAUUACAGAUCUCCAUCUUCAUUGGGGUUGGUGGUCUUGCGCAAGCUAUAUGGCUCCUUUUUAUUUUCCCACGGUUGCAACAACGCACCGGAACUGGAGGCAUUUUACGACUUUGUGCUUCUGUGUGGCCUUUUUGGUUUGCUGCCACUCCAGUCGGCAAUUAUUUGCUGCGACUCAAGCUGGAUACAGCGUUCUGGGCCUUUGCUCCACUUUUGCUGGUAGUAGGAAGUAGUGUCGCGAUGGCUUUCACUGCUUGCCAACUUGCUAUCAAUGAUGUCUCACCCUCUCCAGAGACUUUAGGCACCGUAAACGCAAUCAGUCUAACGCUUAAUAGCGCCCUUCGUUCGGUUGCGCCCGCUCUGUUUGCCAGUCUAUUCGCCACUGGUGUCAAAAAACAGAUCUUUUAUGGUUACUUGGCAUGGAUUAUACUAGUUGUUUUGGCAAUUGGCUAUAGAAGAAGUUUACGUUGGUUACCUGCUAGAGCAGAGGGCAAGAUAAACAAUAGUCCAACAACGGCCGAGGGGUUCGAUGAUUCGGAGGAAUAA